AUGAUGGAGGAUAAAGACCUUCACACAGCUGAUGACCUUAAUGACUUUGUGGAACUUUAUAAAGUGGAGCAGGAGCAAAUUCAGAAGAGAACGUUCACCAACUGGAUUAAUGCCCAGCUGUCCAAGAGGAGCCCUCCAGUUGCAGUGUUGGACCUUUUCAGUGAUCUCAAAGAUGGUAGCAGAUUAUUGGACCUGCUGGAGGUGAUGAGUGGUCAGAGAAUGAGCCGGGAGAAAGGAAGAGGGAAGUUUCAGCACAGAACGAACAUUGAAAAAGCGCUUGCAUUUCUUAAGAAGAAAUCGAUCAAACUGGUCAAUAUCAAUGUCUCAGACAUCAUGGAUGGAAAGCCUUCCAUCAUUCUGGGUCUUGUCUGGACCAUCAUCAUGCACUUCCAUAUUGAAGAGUUGGCAAGCACCUUAUCCUUUAGUUCUCGUCAGUCAUCUUUGGAGUCGCUGGCGAGUUUGGACACUUGCUCAACCAGCAGUAGUGCCUGCAGCAGUCCAGUGCCACCCCGAGGUUCACCCUUGCAUGCACGUUUCCGUGUAUCUGCCAAGAAAGCCCUGCUGCUGUGGGUCAGGGAGCAGUGCCACAGGUCUGGUUGUACUCUUAAUGUAAAGGAUUUUAAGUGGAGCUGGAGGAGUGGGGUGGUGUUUUUGGCGAUACUUUAUGCUCUAAGGCCGAAUGUAGUGGACAUGACUAGAGCCCGAACCAGAAGCAACAGACAGAAUCUGGAGGAGGCCUUCCACAUCGCUGAAAGAGAACUUCACAUACCAAGACUACUAGAUCCAGCAGAUGUUGAUGUUAGGGACCCUGACGAGAAGUCUAUUAUGACUUAUGUUGCUCAGUUCCUCCAGUACUCAAAAGACACUCCUGUUUCUGAUGAAGAAAUGCAGUAUCUUACUCCUCCUCAGCGUCUCUCUCCUGUCAAUCUGCCAUCUGACUUCACCCCGUCAAUAGCUGCAUCACGUCUAAGACAGACCUCAGCCAAUCAGAAGGCUCAGGAAGUCACAUGCUGGUUGAUUCAGGCCUAUCAGGAGCUGAUCGAGGGAUGGGACUCCACUGAGGGAGAGAGCUAUGCUGAAAGAUACCACGUCUUCCAUACCUUCAUUGUUUCCUUUAAUGAGCAGCGGCGGCCUAUGAUGCCGUUACUAACGGCGAUGAAGAGGACACUUCAGCUCAGUGCAGAGCAGAAAGCUCUCAAACGAGCCUGGGACAGUCUUGCUGAGAAGCUACGGGAGUACAAAACAGAGUUGGACCUGAGUCUACCAGCUCCUAUGGACACUGUGGGUGGCUGGUUGUUGCGUAUUGAAGAGGUUUUAUCUGCUGAAGAGUGUGAUACAUUGGAUCAUGCUCGAGCUGCGGAAGAAGCCCGUGAGAAACUCGAACUACUGAAGGUGUGUUUGGAGGAGAUGCCACACCAUCUCAAGAGGUUUAGCAUGUUUCAGAACAUGAAUGAGUUUGGAGAGACUCUUGUCCCGACAGACAAGAUGGAAGAGAUGAAGAGAAGGUUCACCAGUGUCCGUGUAACAGCAAAAUAUCAUGGCAUUAAGCUGGAGUAUCAUGAGAGCAGACACAAAGUGUUAGAUCUGCUGAAUCAACUCAACAUUAAAUUGCGUUUGUGGAAAAGAGCCUACAUUUCCCAGGAGGCCAUUCGUGCACUGAUGCAGGACUGGAAUGAGACCGUGAACAAACAGGAACUGACCUCAUUGCUGGAUGGAGCCCUCCAUAGACUCAAACUCAUCACAAGCAAAUACACCAGCAAGGCUGCCUUGGCUGGAGACUCCAGUCAGGUCAAUCAUCAGGUGUCUGAUCUGGAAGCAGAUGUAGCUUCGACGCUGGAGGGUGUACGGAUGGUGAGGGGAACUAUGGGCCGUGUGCUUGCAGCAUGGGACUCUUACAGUGACAUCUACACCUCACUACAUGCAUGGCUGCAGCAGGGACCACACUGCCAGCAUCAUGAACAGAGAACAGAGGUGAUGUUAUCGAUGAUGUCAGAGUGGAGUUCUCGUCAGGCUCACCUGAAUGAGGUGGGGAACUACCUGAUUGAGGUGACAGACCCACAGACUUGCCGCGCCAUUUCAGAUGAACUUUGCAAGAUAAAUCUGCUCUGGGCUGACUUUGCCAAAACAACCCAGUUUGCCUUAGCUGAGGAGCCCAGCAUUGGCCCAUCCAGCCCUCAGACGGUUCAGGUCCUGAUGAGGGAGGCCACUCAGCUACUGAAGGAACCUGUGGAGGUGGUUUCUGGACCACUACGUACCUACACAAAACGACUGCAGCUUAUGAUGAAGAAAAUAAAGGAUGUGGAUCUAGAGGCCCUCUCCCCAUCUCUAGAUUGCUCUCCAGAAACCCUGAGCAAACUUCAGCAGGCAAUUCCUGAGGUGUUGCAGACACUCUGUGAGGCUGAACAGGUGUGUGAUGAGCUGCGUCUGAGUGUGAGUGGAUUAGAUGUGCGUCUGGCUGAACUCUUAUACUGGGAGACUGAAGCCAGAGAGCUUUACCAGCUCCUGAAAGAGGAACCACACAGGCAGAAAAAAGGACAGGACCCCAGAGCCCGGCUGUUGAUUUCUAGGGGGCUACAGUUAGAGGGUCAGGUAGUUAUGGAAGAGCAGGAUCUACAAGUCAUGGUGAUGGCAGGUAAGAAGACUUCACCACUGCAGUAUCUCAUCACAUCCACUAUGCAAGACAGGGUCCGCACCGCUGUGGAAAAGUCACAGGAAGCAGUAGGGAUGCUCAGCUCCUUGGGGGCUUGCAGAGACAGAAGCCCUGCUAGAGACCAGUCCCCUGCCAAGAUCUCUGUCCAACAUCCAGAGAUAAAGGAAGAGCCUCAAUCCCAGAAGCCCAAAGCAUCCCAAACUGCAGCCCUCAAGGCCCAGCCAUCUUGUCAGCCUGUGCCCAUGAUUAUUGUACAAGAGUGUGAAGAUGAGAAAAGGAGGCCACAACCACAAAUACACCCCUAUGAGCAAGGGGAACACUCCCACUCUCAGUCCACUAAGGUAAAGUCACCUGAAAUUUCCCAGGCUCAAGCCAGUAUAGAGAUGCAUUACAUAGAAAGCCAGCAACAACAGUUAGAAAUGAAGAACCAGUGGCAAGUGCAAGCACCAGUAGCUAGCCAGCAACCUCCACUGACCGCACAACAAGCAUCACAAGUUUGUGCUCAGCAAUUAGCAACACAGCCACUGGCAAAAACCCAACAACAAGAGAAAACCCAUCUUGCAUCCCCUGUAACAAAACAACAGAUGAUUCAAGCACAGACACCAGCCCAGCCACAGCCUCAGGAUCAACCAGAGACACAAUCACAGAAAGAGGGUGCAGGCCUACAUCAUGUUUUAACCCAGCAGCAGAUGAGAGAAAAGAAGUCCAAGGCACAUCUGAAGAACAGACCUUGGCUUCAACAGGGGGGGCAAUUUGAAAGUGUUACCAAAAAACCAAUUCAGAUGAUAUCACAACCUCUGGCAGAGCCAGAGGACAAUGAUCAGAAAAGUCCUCAAGAACCACUGCAGCUUAUAGUUGCUUCUAGCUCACUUGAGGCUCACAGACCUGCUCAAGACUUGACCCAGGCACAGUCGAAAAGCAUUGUUCAGAGUGACGUGAAAUGCUUGGAGCAACCACAACAACCACUUGUAGUGAGACCAAAACUACCUCAAACUGUGCCAAUAACUCCAGAACUACCAAUGACCCAAAAGCAACCACGACAGCAAGCAACUUUUCCCAUUCAUCAACAAGUUCUGACCCAACAACAACCUCAACUCCCUAUUUCAGCUCAAGCAACUAUUCAAAAACCACAAGUCAUUGCACCCAUUCAGCAACAGAAGCAACCUCAAACACAGAGUGUGACACCACAGCAACCUCAAGUUAUGAUUCAGAAACAGGCUCAACCUCAAUCCAUGAUUCCCAUGCAGCCACAGAUUAUGGCCCAGUGGCAGUCAAAACAGCCUGUAGCUCAAUCUCAUCCUUCAGUGCCCCAACACCAAAGAUUUCAAGUAGCCCAAGGAGUACCCCAAGGCAUUUCCAGGUCAGUCCAGCAGCACCCCACAACUCCAUUUCAACCACAAGUAAUGCAGAGGCCACAGUCACCACAGGCUAUAGUUCAAUCUCAGCCACCCUCACAGUAUGCUCAGACUGUGAUUUCCCCACAAACCAAAGGUACAUCCCCCAUACAACCUAAAAUCAUCUCUAUGCCUCAACCCCAAAUGCCUGUCCAAUCUCAGACCCAGGUCAAAGCACAGGACAAUGCACAGCAGAUGGUUCAACCACAGGAGCAACCCCAGUGGAGUCCCAUUAAACCAGAAUAUGUCACCCAGCCUUACUCCAAAUUUCAAGGACCAAUUCCUGUAACUGCUCAAAUGCAGCCUCUGGCCUAUAUCCAAACUCAUCCCCAACCUCAAAGUGUCCAUCCAACUCAACCUCAGCAAUGGCCACCAAUAAGACCAGGCAUAGUGACCCAGAUCUACCCCUCUGUCCAAGUUCCAGAGGUAGUCCAACCUCAACCUCAAUUUCCAGUUUAUCCUAAAACUCAGCCUCAGCAGUGGCCCUCCUCAAGACCUGAAUCAUUGCCUCAUUCUUAUGGACAGAUAAGACCUCAAGGUCUAGUUCAGCAUAUGGUUUCCUCUCAGCCAUGGAGGCCUGCCAGUCCAGAGAGGGCUGAGAUUCAAGGACAGAAAGGAUAUCAAGCCCUACAGAGACCACAAAGCCCUCAAUGGCAAUGGGGUCCGGCCCGGCCAGAACUUCAGCCUGAGGUCUUCUCCCAGACUAUAUUUCAAGGUUUUCCCCAGCCAGUAGCUCCAUGGAAUCAGCCACCUGCUCAAACUCCAAUAAGACCUCAAAGUCCACAGCAGCUUCAGCAAAGUCAGCAACAAUGGGAUCCAUCCAGGACAGAGGUACCAUCUCAAACUCGCAUCCAAAGCCAAGCCGUCCAGGCUCUGAUUCAGUCCCAAAUCCUGACAAAGCCCCAGUUCCCAGCACAGGAACUGUCCAAACAGCAGUCAGCUCCUCGAGUUAAGCAGCCAGCACUUGCCCAGGCCCCUCCUCAGGCCUACACUGAGGCUUAUACAAAAGCACAGGCCCUGGUUAGGAAUAGAUUCGAGGAAGCCAAGCACUGUCUUCAAGAGCACAUCCUUGAAGCUAUCAAUGUAUUCAAGGACAAGCGAAUGACGGACAAACAGGCAGCAGUUAAGGAGGAGACACUCAGGACUCUGGACACUGAGCUCCUUGAAGAGUUCUUGAGGGCCGCGGAGGGGAUGGAAGCUUUCUGCACCCCAUCUGAACUCAGAGACAUGGAGUUUUUCACCCAGUCUGUUAGAACACAGUGGGAGGCUGUACACGUUCAAAUAUCAGCAUUUUUGAAGCAACUAAGAUUUGAGAUAACCUGCCUGCAUUUUUACCAUAUGGUUGAGACAUGUGAGAUGCACUUUAAGAGAGAAAAACUCAACCAUAGACCUGAAUCAAAAUCUGAGGCCUGUUUUUCAGCAGAGGGCAGUCUGGCACAGGCAGGGCAGCAGCUGGAAGCUCUUAAGGAGUUGUGUGAUACUCUGAGCCCUGAGGAUGCGCACAGGCUCGCACAGGCCCAACUCAGAGAAUGUGAGAGACGACUCGCUGCCAUCCAGCGGCAGUUUAGUGGAGACCAAGACACACCUCCUCCAGACACUGGUGCACAAAUCGAGCAAAUGAAAGAGCCACCUGCACAGAAAGCACUAGCGGACCCACCAUCUGCUGAGAAGCCCAAAGAGGUUAUUGUUUCAGAUGCUGCUACACCAGUCAGCCCUCAGCAGCUGAGGACUGUGGAGAAGAAAGUGAUAGUGAAACAAAGAAGUACAGAGGAAGACAGGUACCGCAGCUGCAGAUUUACACUACAGGCUCAGCUGAUCAGGAAUGAGCAAUGCAUGCUGGGAGAUCGUCCCUCAGAAUCAGUCACUCCCACAGACCUGCAGAAACGUCUCAGGGAAUUAAAGUCUCUGUGGGAUGAGACGGAGUUACUAUGGAAGGAGUAUGAAGCGCUGUGCAUGCAGUGUGUACAGUUUAACGAAUGCGGUGUUGAGCAGGACCGAACAGAGCUCACUGUAAGGUGGAAAGAGCAGAGGUCACAGUUACAGCGCAGGGUGGAUUCACUGGGAGCAGCACUUGAGCUCAUGGAAUCUAUUAAACUGAAGAUUUCUGAGAUUUCUGAAAGACUGGAAAAGUUCAUCAAAGAGCCCAAAGACAUUAAGGGAUAUACACUAGCCAACCCAGCCAUAUUGAAAGAUGUGAAGGACUUAGAUGAAAGUAUCCAGACAGAAAUGGAUCAUCUGUCUCGGUUCGACUCUGAGCCCAGUCACCUGGACUUGCGGGACCGUUCCCCCCUCACACAGGUAGUUCUUAACCACAGAUCCAGCCUGGAUCGGUUAAGACAACAGGUGCGCAAGAGCGAUGCCGCAGCCCGUGCUCUUGAUCGCUUCCUCAUGUCCCUGCGCACCGUGGUGCUGGAUGUUUCUUCCGUGCAGAGCGCCCCCAGCAGUGACCAUGCAGUACUGCAAGACAGCAGAUCUAAGCUGGCGCUGAUCAGGAAUGGAGUCAACAGUCUCAAGGAUAAGGCUCCACAGUUGGACCAGCUAUUGGUCGGAGCACAGCUUGAAGUGACCCAGGAAGGCAGCCCUCUUUCCUGCCUGGAUAUGGUGGGGGUCCUGGUGCGCAGUGUGGAGGAGGCAGACGAUCGGCUGAUGAUUCGACAUAAGGAGCUCCAGAAGGAACAGCAGAGCCGGGGAAUUGGCCUGAGGCAGAAGACGAUGCUGGCCGAGCUGAGGAAGCUUCAUGGAGCAGCAGAGAAACUGGGUCUGAAGGAUCCCACCAUGCCAGCCGUGCAGCACAGGAUACGAGCUCUGUCACAUCUGGAAUCUCAACUUUACUUACUUCGCCCGGAAUACCAAAGCGUCAAAAAGGCUCUGUCCGAACUCUCUCCACAGAAAGAGCUGCCUGAUCUAGCAGAGGAGGAACUGGACUCCCUUUGGGAGGAGACACAUAGGGCUGUAUCUGACAGACUAGAGCAGUGCUCUGUUCUAAUGGAACUGCUGAAGAAGUUUCAGAACUGUCGCAGUUGCCUUGGCAACACUCUCCAGAGGGCGGAGCAAACUAUGAAUGAGCAGGUGUCAUACAUGGGCAAAGACAACCUGCAACGCCUCCUAGCAAAAGUCAUUAGCAUAAAGGAGGAUCUCAGUGGUCUUGGACCCAAGAUGGAGGAGUUUAGAGCUGUGUGCAGACAGUUGCAGUCUCAGCUGAAGAAAAUCCCUGAAUGCUCAGAAACUCCAUUUGAGACAGAAGCAGAUGCUUUGGUGGACUCUUGGCUGGAUGUGUCAGAGAAGACAGACAGUUACAUGGAUAACUUGCAUGUUGGUCUGGAGUUGUGGGAGAAACAGCUUGUUCUGAGUGGAGAAGUGGACUGCUGGACUUCCACUAAACUCAUCAUCUUUUCAGAGUCCCACCCUUUCAGCAGCGAGGAGGAGGUUUUAAACCUAAAGAAUGAGAUUCAGUGCCAAGAGGACAACCUUGAACACUUUCACAGAAAGUUACUAGAGAUCCAGGAACUUCUGCAGAGCAAAGAGUCUCCUCUUGAAUUGCAGGUAAUGGAAACAAACCUGAGAAAGAAAAUGGUGCAGGUGAAGGAGCUCUUCUCUGACUGCACUGAUGUCUUCCAGGAGUUCCUCACAGUUAAAGCUCAUCUGACUCAGAGGAUUGACACCUGUCAAUCAUCUGUGGAGAACAUACGCUCCUCAGUAGACAUGCUCAGCUCAGAAGACCGCACAAAGCUGGAUGCACAACUACAGGAGCUGUGUGAGCAGCUUUUGGACAAGGAGGAACAGGCUGACUCUUUGUUGAAGGAAAUCACUCUUAUGUCCAGCAUUACUGGGCCACAGGCCAUGGAGGAACUGACCACUCGCAGCAAACAUUUCCAAGAUAGCGUUGCAGAAACCCGGGUCCUGAUUCGUCAGAAGCAAGAACAGGGGGAAAAAAGCUUCCUUCAGACUGUUAAAGAAAAGUGCCAGUCAUUUGAGGAAUGGUUGCAGGACAAGCAGCUCUCUGUAAAUGAGUGCUUUGAGAACCCAGAGAGAAGGCAGGACGUGGAAGCAUCCAUGCAGAGAUUGACGUGUUUCCUGGCUUCUAAAGAUGGAGAACAGCGUCUGUCCCAGUUGAAGCAGAGGUUUGAGAUAGGUGAACAGGACAAGGUCCCUGCAGAGGCUCAUGUUUUGCUCUCCACAUGGCAGCAGGAACAGGAGGGAGAACUGGCCACACUCAGGGCUCACUGCCAGGGACGACAUAAACAGCUAGAUGAUAUCCUCCAUAACCUCAAAAGUUUACAAGAGGAACAUAACUAUUUGAACAAUUGGCUUCAGCACAAGGAACAAGUGCCUGAAAAGAGAGAAAAACUGAGACAACUUCAAGAGGAGUUUCUUAAAGAAAGUGGUCGUGUGGAGGCCUUUCAUGACCUGUUAUCCACGGUAAGGAUGCGUGGCCUGAGGGAUGACUCACUGGUUAGAGACAGUGAGGCCCUAAUAGAUCAAUACCACUGCAUGGGGACUCUUCUGGAGAACCAGGCACAAGUCCACAAGGCCCUCGAUGAUCAAGUUGAAACAUUCCAAACCAAUGCAGAGCACACCAGAGCCUGGAUCAGAGAUUUAAAGAAAGGACUUGAGUCCUUGGGAACGGAGUCCCCAACACAAGAAAAACAUAUUAAGGCUCAGGCUGUUCUUAAUCUAAAUCCUGAGGGUGGCACUAAAUUAGUUGCACUAAAAGAAGAGGGAGAGGCUUUAUGUGCUCACAAGAUAUUGGAAGACAGCAGAAGACAGGAGCUCAGUCACACCUUGAGAAAUAUUGAAGAUGAGUGGAAAAGAGUUUUGGAUAUUGCUCAACAGCUAAAAAAUCAGGCAACGCUCCAAGACUCUCUCUCCAAGGAACUACAAGCAUUUGAGGACCAGGAAAAGAGCACCCAGUCCUGGGUGAGAGAACAACUGGAGAUGCUGCACUUUCUAGGGGAGGAACUUCAGCCACAGAAAAAACUGAACAAAGUGCAGGCUGUCUUGGACUGUCAUCCUGAAGCCGAAUCCAGAUUGGCCAGUCUAAAGAGACAUGGGCAAAGUUUAUGUUCUUAUAAAGAACUUGACAAAGAGAGGAGAAGCCACAUUGACCAAACCCAGAAAGCAGUAGAGGAGGAGUGGAGAAAAGUGGUGCAACUAGCCCAGGAGUUCAAGAACCAGAUCAAGCAUGAGGAUUCUCUCAACAGAGAGCUACUGACCUUCCAUGAUCAAGAGGGGGACACUCGCUCCUGGAUUAGACUGCUGAGACAGACCCUGGAUUCAUUUGAUGAAACAUCUUCUAUUCAGGAGAAACUUAAAAGAGUUGAGGCAGUACUAGCUCAAAGAUCUGAGGGGGAUGACAAACUCACUGACUUAAAGAGGAAAGGAGACAGUCUAUGCUCUUGUGAGGUCCUGAAGGAGGACAGAUGUCAGACAGUCCAACAGACAUUACAAGACUUACAGAAAGAGUGGACAGCAGUUAUGAUGGAUGCUCAGAAGUUGAAAAACCAAUCAGAACUUGAGGAAUCUGUUUCUAAGGACCUUCGAGAUCUUCUAGACCAGGAGAAGAGCACUCAGUCCUGGAUUAGAGAGCAGCAGCUGAAGAUCGAAAUGCUGGGUGAAGAUGCUCAUUUACAAGAGAGAAUUGAUGGCGCUCAUGCUAUCUUGAACUUGGAAUCAGAUGGAGAUUGCAAGCUUUCCACCUUGAGGAUAAGAGUCGAAAGUUUGUGCUCUUGUGAAGGGCUGGAGGAGAAUAGAAAGCAGGAAAUCCAGCAGAAACUGAGAACCAUUGAAGAAGAAUGGAAGAAGGUGCUGGCGGUUGCACACGAACUGAAGAACCAGGCUGAACUCAUGGAUUCUCUGUCAAGGGAGCUUCAAAACGUCCAUACACAGGAGGAGAGCACUUGGUCCUGGAUGAAGAGCCAGAAAGAUGACCUGGACUCAUUGGGGAAAAACACUCAUGGCACUCAGGAGCAGAUUGAGGAGAGACUGAAUAAAGCACAAGCAAUUUUAAAUCUUCGUUCUGAGGGCCACUCUAAGAUUGCAUCCCUCAAAAGAACAGUGGACAAUCUGUACAUUCGAAAAGAUCUGGAUGAAGACACAAGACAAUCACUCAUUGAGAAGAUGAGAAGUUUAGAGGAGGAGUGGAAAGGAACACUGCAGCAAGCACAGGAGUUGCAUAGUCUGCUGAAAUGUGUAGUGGAGCGUCUGGCAUCUUGGCAGUGUCAGAAUGAGCAGCUUCAGUCCCGGCUGGAGCAGGUCAAACGGCAGGCAGCUGCACUGCCCCGUAAAUUUCCCUGGCCCGGUUUAGGGGAUCGAAGGCACACAGUGGAGCAGGCCAGAGUUCUGCUGGACCACACUAGAGCCCUGACCCCAUCUCUGUCUGCUCUAAAGGUGCUCGGGAGGGAGAUGAGCCAGCUGACCCGUGAUCCCAGCUGGAUCGAUCCAUCCUGGGCCACCAUGGAGGAGUGUAUACCAGAGUUAAUCAAAGAGCUUACCGAUUUUUGUGUAAAUGUUGAAGAAGAAAUCCGGAGAGAGAGAGUUUGUGCUCAGUUAGUUGAGCAGCACACCGUAGCUCAGGACUGGCUGAGAGAGCAGGUCAAAGGUUUUGGAGCCCUGCCCACUGAACGCUUUGGUUUACAGGGCACUAUUAACACUCUUAAGGCUCUUCUUCAGACCGUUGACAGAGAGAGGAGAGAGAUGAGAGAACUGGAUGCCGUUAAAGAUUCCCUGAUGAACCUUUGCACCCCUGGAGGUCGUGAUGCUCUGACCUUAGAGGUCAGCCACCUUCAUGACCUCUGUGUGACCUCAGAAAAGGAGAUGAGGGAACGGCUUGCUGUGUGUGAGGCCAGAUUGGGUCAUAUUGACCUCAGGGUUGCUGGUAGAGCACAGAUUCUGAGAGCUCAGGCAGAGAGCCUCCUGGACGAGCUGCGUGCUCAGGACCUCUCUUUAAGAUUUUUAGAGGGCAGACAGAAUAUUAGUCAGCUACAAGAAAACUGGCAUAAUUUCAAGAUUUGUGAGAAAGAACUUGAGGCUUUAGAAGGCAAAGUUCGUGAUCUUGGUCAGGCCCUCCGUAUGGUCCCUUCUGAUGAGGAGCCCCCUAAUGAUGUCAUUUCUGUUGUGGACUCAGUUACGCUGCAAUAUUGCAGUCUGCGGUCGAAACUGUCGGAAAGACAAAAUGACUGUGCAGAUAGCACUGUGCAGUGUGUGAGACAGGCCUUACAAAGCAUACAGUCCUGGAACCAGAUGAGAAAUCAUCCUUGCAGCUCAGCUGUGUCCAUGCAGGCUACAAUUGAGGAAGGUGCGAAACUGUGUAAAAGCCUGCAGGUUGCGCUGUCCCAUAAAGAGCUGCUGAGGGAUUGCCUGGGCCCUGACUUGGCUGGCAAGCUUGAAAGAGAUGGCAUGAAAACACUAAAUGAAGCAGACACUCAUAUGAAUGACCUAAAGCAGGAACUUAAGAAUCUUGAGGAGAAGAUGAAACAGGAAGCUCAGAGUAUGUCACUGGAGGCUCAAAGCAUCCAGCUGGACUCACAGGUUUAUGCUGUGGCAAAGUCAACCAAUGAAUUUGAACAGUCACAGUUUGUUUCUUCUGCAUCCAUCAUCACGGAGAGCUGUGUAAAGAUGGACGACAUUGAACAGGCUAAGGUACAGCUAUCUGAAAACCCUGAAAGUGAUAUCCCUGUAUGUGUACUCUCAGAAAGUACAACAGAGAUAGAAACUUACACUGCAGAAAAAACACCACCAACAUCAGAGACUGACAUUGAUCAGGCUGAGCUCAAAACAACUGCACCAUUAACCACAGAGAUGGUAACUGAGCCAGACACAAGUGUGUGUGAAUCUGCUAUUCCUACAAGCAGCCAUGAAGCACAUGAAGGUGAGGGUGAGUCUAAUUUAAUCUCCGUUCCUUUGGAAAAAAAGCCUGAGAAUGAUGAGAAUGCAGAUGAAAAGAUGCAAACUACCACGUCUGUAGCUCUCCACAGCUUGGAAGUGCAAGACACAAACAUGGAAAUCUAUGGCACUGGAAGUUCAAACACAGAAAAGAAGGACAGCCAAAUGUCUAUUGAGGAUUUGAGUUCAGACUCUUUUGCUGAAAGAAUGGAUGAUGGUAAAUUUGAGGCAGCGGAAGACAAAGAGGAAGAGGACUCAUAUAUUCCACAUUCUCAAGAGCAACGUGGUAAUGAAAGUGAAAUUCAAACAAAAAAGGUUACUGCACUAAUUUUGGAUGUAGAUAUGGUGCACAUACAAAGUAUGGACACACCCACAGACAGUACUACAGUGAGCAUAGUUUCUGCUAGUUCUGUUGGGAAUGAGAACACACAGUGUCAAACAAUGGGCAAGCAAGAUAAUGAAACUUUGGGCCCUCCAAAAGCUGAAGAUUCAAAGAGCAUUCAGUCUACUGGAAAUAAGCCAGGUAUGGAAAAUGUGUCAGAGAUAAGUUCAGCAAUUGAACCAGAUCAUUCACAGCUCACUGAGCUAGACACUAACAGACAAGUGCAAGCAGCUCUACCCACAGAGACACAAGGUAUUGGAGAUGCUGCUACAAUAUGUAUUGGAACAUUGACUUGGAAUAAUGAAACAAAUGGUGCACGUGCUGAUAUAGAGGGCAACUGGACCACAGAUAAUGGCCCACAUGAACUGCAAUGCAGAUAUGUUAUUCUAGACUUCUCUGAGGGAAUGGAGAUGCAGAAACAUCCUAUCCAUGAAGCCACUUCGUUCAGGGAACCCACUGAGGCAGAAAUUCAGGGAUCAGAAUGUCUAACAUCAGAAAGACCAGUGAGAGAUGUUGGGGCAAUGUCUGCUGAGAAAGACAUAGAGGAUCUGGCCAGAACAAAUACGCCUAUUAAAGCAUUAGAAGAGUCUGAAUUAGUUCAAUUAAACCAGUACUUUCCUACAGAAGACAAUGUAGGUGGAGAGGUCAUGCAUGUCAUUGAAGAGGAAGAGACAAAGAAGACCUCAUCAGGUGAUACAGCAAAAUCCACUGAAGCUGAAUCUAAAUUGACACCUCCAAUCAAGCAAUGGAAUGAGGAUGAAACUGAGCUCCAGUCAGAAAGGAUGGAUUUCUCACCAAUACCAGAGGACAAAGCUGAAGUUGGAGAGGCUAUGGAUGUCAUUGAGGGAGAAGAGACAAAGACCCCAUCAGAUGAUAAAUCACAAACCAUUGAAAUUGGACCUAGACCAACACCACCAGUCAGGCAUCGAAAUGAGGGUGAAACUGAGGUCCAAUCAGACAAGAUGUAUGUCUCAUCAACACCAGCAGAAAAACCUGAAGGUGGAGGAACUAUGCAUAUAAUUGAGGAGGAAGAGUCAAAGAAGACCCUGUCAGUUGAUAAAGUACUAUCCAUAGAAGCUCAUCCUAAAUUUAUGCCACCAGUCAAGCGACCAAAUGUCCAAUCAGACAAGAUGGAUGUCUUAUCAACACCUAGGGAGAAACCUGAAGACAGAGACACUAUGCAUAUCAUUGAGCAGAAAGAGUUGAAAAAGACCCCAUCAGGUGGUAAAGCACAAUUCAUAGAAAUUGAACCUAAACCAACACCACCAGAAAGGCAACGAAAAGAGGGCAAAACUGAGGUGGAUAUGUCAUCAACACCAGUAGAAAAACAAGACGAUGGAGACACCAUGCAUAUUACUGAGAAGAAAGAGCCUAAGAAGACCUUAUCAGUUGGUAAAGCGCAGUAUGUAGAAAUUGAACUUAGACCCAUGCCACCAGUCAGAAGACGGAAUGACAGUGAAAGCAAGGUUCAGUUUGACAAAGUGGAUGUCAAACCAACACCUCCAACCAGACAAUGUAAAGGUGACAGGUUGUCUCUAAACUUUGAAUCACAGAUACUUCAAGAAGUCCUUCCCACCCCACCUAGCAGAAGGCAUAGAGAGACACUGGGAAGUGAAAGGCUUUCGCAUAAUCUGGAGACCCAACCAACACCACCAACAAGACGACGUAAAGAGAAAGAAGACCAAAGAUCGCUUGAUCUGGAGACCCAACCAACACCACCAGCAAGACGACGUAAAGUGAAAGGAGAAGAUCAAAGAUUUUCACUCAGCCUGGAGACCCAACCAACACCACCAGCAAGAAGACGUAAGGAUAAUCCAGAGAGUAAUACAGUUUUUCAUAGUGCUGAAUUAAGAAAAAUUGAUGAUCAGCAAACCAGUGAACAGAAAGUUGGAGAAGAGCGUACUGUUAAACCAACCCCACCUGUUAGACGCAAAGUUAGUCAAGCAGAAAGUGAUGUGACUCUGGCACUUUGCAAAACCCAAGAAGAAAGGGAGACCUUUGUGAAACCCACACCACUAACAAGAAGAAAAGUUAGCAAAGCUGAUAAAGAAUUAGUAGCAGGUGCUGUGAAUUUGCAAGAAGAAAAGAGCAUAGUUAAACCAACUCCACCUCUGAGGCGAAAAGACAGUCAAGCAGAGACCGAGAUGGUUUCUGUUACUUCUAAAAAUGAAUUUAAGGAGCUUCUCCCCCAACUAACUCCACCAACUAGGCGAAAGAAAGAUAAAGCUGAUGCUAACAGACUUGCUUUGAAACCAGCUGAGAUAAAGGUCAUAUCAACUCCACCAACCAUGCACAAAGAAAGUUCUGAGAAUAUAAAGGUUUCAGUCUGUGCAACAAUGGAGGAGGAGGCUGAUGUUAAACCAGUAACCAUACAGGAAGAUAAAGAGGAUCAUGACAGGAAGCCAUUGGUUGGUCAGAAACAACUAGAAGAGGAGCAUGACUCUGUUAUCUUGGUCCCAGAAUACACAGUUAUAUUAAGUCAAACUGGGGGCAUCAGUGGGAUACAGCCACAGGAUCAAGCUGUAGGUGUGUCCACCCAGUUUGGUCUCACCACUGAAAACAUUGAGAGUCCAGUAGAGGAAGAGGAGGAGCCACUAGGACCCACAAUGAAGGAUAUCUUCUUGGAGAUCAAACAAAAGACUGAAAAGGGACCAAAAAGUGUGCUCAUGGAGGGUAUGCCACAUGAAAGUUUCUUGAAAAUUCUGGACACGUCCAGUGCCGACCUCGAAACUCGAUUAAAAAGACUAGUGUUUAAUUUAUUGGACCUUCAGAAUCAUCCAGCUGCUCUGAAUUCCACAGAGAUGGCCAAACAGCUAGAGAAGGCUGAGGAAUGUAGAAGGUGUGCCGAGAGACAGGUGUCAGUGAUGUCUAAGCAAGACCAGAUUUAUGGGGACAUUGGCCCCAUCACUAAUGGCACAGUCCAUGACACUGAGGCCAUGCAACAGCUGAGUGCUCAGUGGAGUGCAACAUUGUGGGAUGCAGCAAGUGCUGUCCACUCCAAGGAAGCUCAACUACAGAUGGUUGCAGAUUUUGACAGACAGACACAGAAAGUCAAAGCUACUUUGGUGAGACUCCAAAUUGAGCGGGAGGCAAUAAGGACAUCUCCAGCUGAGAGCAGUUUUGUUGAAGAAGAAAGGCUACGCUCUUUCUUGAGAAACAUGGAGCAGGAAAGGACAGCUGUUGGUGAGCUGAUUCAGACUCGUGCAAAACUAUCCCCCCACCUCAGUCUGCCUGAAAGACAAGUGGCAGAAAUACAGCAAAACAAAUUACAGAGCCAGUGGAGGGUGCUGGAGAGGGAUGCAGAGAUGGCUCUUUACAGGGUCAAUGCUUAUGCCAAAGAAAGUGCCACCCUUUUUCAAGAUAUCAGUGCUUUAAAAGACCAUUUAGAGAGCAUCAAGAAGACCUUGGACGCAUCAAAAUCCUCAACGGCUGUAUGGGACAGCAAGAGAGCUCAAGAAGUUAUGAAUAUAAAUGCUGAUCUCGCUUCCACCCAAAAACAGCACCUUAAUCUUCAGCAGACUUUUGAGGCUCUUGCCCAAGGUUUCCAAUUUCAGGCAGUGACAUCGAGCAUUAAGCAAGACCUUCAGAACAUCAAAGAACAGAUGGAUAAAAUCAGUGAACAGUUAACAGCUGCAACCCCUACCAGCAGAAACCCAACAUUAACUAAAAUUGUAAAGGUGAUGACAGAUGCACUGGUGUGGGCCAAGCAGACAGAAUUUGAUAUUAAAGGACAGCAGAUGAAGGUGUCUUUUCUUCCAGAAGAGGUCCAUCGACAGAUUAAAGAUUUGAAGAAGUUACAGUCAGAGAUGAGCUCCAAGCAAACCCAAUUGAAGGCUUUGGUUGAGGAAGUCACCGAGCUGAUACCUGACCUAGAAGAGUCUGAUGUUCCUAUGGUGACCUCAUCCUUGAAGACUCUUAAAGAUUUGUCCGAAUCGACAGCAGGAAAACUGGCCAAGGCGGUUCGCGAGAUGGAGUCAGGGCUUCAGACCCGGGAGAAUAUGUCAGAGCAAAUAGCAGAUGUUGAUUCUUGGGUGGUUGGACAUCUCCAGAGGGAGGCUUUGAGGAGAGAGGAUUAUCAAAGUUUGUGUGUGGCAGACCUGGAUCGCAAGUUGAGGCAGAUCCAGGACUUUAUUGGAGAGGUUGAAAAGCAGUCUGCUGUCCUUGAAGCACUUCAAAUGAAAAGUAGAGAUAUUGCCUCAGAGCUAAGUGUCUCCGAGAGUGUUCAGUUGAAUGUGAAACUCACCAAACUUCAAGAGGACAUCAAGAAUAUUGUCAGCUAUGAGAAAGCUUGUUGCCAGAAAGUUAUGGAUGUCAUACAGAACCAAGAAUCCUCUCAGAGAAAAGUAUCAUCGCUUGAGAAGAGUCUGAGACAAAUGCUGGUUAACGUAAAAAGACACAGGUUCCCUGUUACCAAGGACACUCUGUCCGCCAUCGAGCCCAUAAAACAGAUGAUUGUGGAACACAAAUCUCAGAUUGACCAAGUCAAUCCCUGUUUAGAGGACAAGAGAAGAGAGCUGUUAUGUGUCAUUACUGAACUGCACCACAAAAUUAAUGAUUUGGAUCUCAAAGCACAAGCUCAUGAAAGGUACUUGAACUUUAGACAGCAUGUUGAAGAUCUCAAGGAAGAAGUCAACGCUCAGAUACCAAGGACCAAAGAUAAGAGUGUCAGCCAAGAGGGACGCUACAGGACCUGUCAGGUUCUACUGACCCAAAUCCCUUUAAUAACACUCUUGUGUGAGGAAACAGAAGAAAAGCUUCAGGAUAUCACAGCAGAUCUUUAUCCAUCUCAGCUCUCUGCGGAGCAGGAAAGACUUAAACAAGUUCUGGAAAAUCUCAAAACUCAGGAAUUGGCAGUGCACAAUAAUCUUCAGAUAGUGGAAUGGGAUCUACUGAAACACGUUCAUUACCCAUCAGAAGAGAGAGUUCUCCAGACGUUCCUCAAAGAGACCAAUGAGGAACUGGAAAAGCCUUGUGAUAUUGAACCAAAAGUGGAAGAACUUGAAAAAGAACUGAGAAGGUGCCUUGUGCUUAGAAAGCACAUAGAAUUCAGAACUCGAGUGCUUGAGAUUCUUGACAAAAGGAUCAGAGUUCAGUGUGAACAGAGGCCAGAAGACUCCAAACAGCUUACUUGCUUGAAGGAUAUGGUUUUGGAAAAGUGUGAUCAAAGAAUGAUGAGCCUAACUGAAGCCAAGGAACUGUUAAGAAACUAUGCCAAGGCAGUGAUUAACACCAGUAGGUUCCUCCAAAGAGCUGCGUUGGUCCUCCUUCCCUCAAUCUGCUCUGCUGGAAGCUGUUCAGAAAGACUCAAAGACACUCAGCAAGCUUUAUCAACCCUAGACACUGAGUUCCAGUCCCAUGUUUCACAGCUCCAGACUCAGGCCCCACAGCAUCCCUGUUUCAAGCCACAGAAAAUUGAGUUUCUCCAGACAGAGGUUCUAGCCGAGCUCUUGGUCAGGCUGACGACCCUCAAGGCCCAGGCCCAAAUACAACUGGAAACUCUGAUGAGGUGUGUUGAAUGCCAGAAAUCUUCUCGUAAAUGUUAUGAAGAGCUGUGUCAGCAAGUGAGGGACUCAGAAACAUUGCUAUCACAAUGUGCAUCCAAUAAAAUUACUUCACACAAAGACUGCAAAGACCUGCAACAGAAACUCAAGGCUCUAGUGGAAGAGGUUGAGAUGCUUCCUGGGAGACUGGAGGAUCUGAGAGAGUGGUGCUCCUUGUAUGGCUGCAGAGCCAACAGGGAGGAUGCAGUGAGCGCCCUCUGGGAGCAGGUGGCACGAUUGCAGCGUUGUGCCAAUGAUCUGCAAACACGCUCAGAGCAAAUGGAAGAAGAAUGGAGUGAUGUCACAAAGAGUGUGGAGCAGGCAGCCACUGUGUUGGAGCAGGUAGAGGCAGAACUUCCUGACAGCAGCAGAGAGAAUAUGACUGGUGACGAGCUGCAGGAACUACUGCUGUUCUGGUCCCAGUACCAGGACAGACUGGACUGUGAACAAAGAGCUCUCUCCGCAUUGGAAUUAAGAGCUGCUAGGUUGCUGGGUGUCCCCUCCCAUCUGGAACAAGCCCCUCCCAUUGCACUGUGCCAAGAGCUUCGAGCCCUGCAGGAGCGUUACCACAGUCUGAAGGAGCGGAGCACUCACGGUCAGAGGUCAGUGAGAGCAGAGGUGGAGGAGAGGGAGCGGGUACAGGAGCAGCUACAGGGGGUCAGAGAAUGGUUGGAUGCUGCCGUCUCUCUCCUCUCUGUACUGGAGCACGAGCCUAGCAAGAAACAGCUACAGGAGGUUCACUCACAGCUGUUUACCAAGAAUGCCAUUCUGCAGCGGAUCUCGGAAGGCUUGAAGAUGAUGUACUCUGACAGAAACAAGCUGGUUCCUGAGGAGAUCGAAGGAAUAUUACAGGAGGUCUCACACUCAUUACAGGAAGUGGAGGAGCAGGUAGUGACGGCUCUGGAGAAGAGCGGUCCACUUCACAGGCUGACUGCAAAGAUCUCAGAGAUUAAAGCGGGUCUAGGUUCAGUUCAGAGCUGGUUAGAGCAGAAAAACCUGAACUUCACUGAAGCAGAGAGCACACAGAAGCAUGUGUGGGAUGAGCUGGACAGUUUACACACUCGUCUGACGGCAGUGGAGGUGGAGCUACAGGACGUGAGCGAGGUGCAUCCGGAUGAGACCCGUCUGAUCUCUGAAAACCUGACAAAUGCUCAGCAGACACACACAUGCCUCAACAAACAGGCUGAACAGAGGACCGCCUUUCUCAGCAAGAUCCGUGACUGGCUGCAAGAGCAUCAAGAGAUGGUGGAGUGCUCACAGAGCUGGACCUCAGAGGCUCGGUCUUGGCUUACCACACCUUGUACAUACACCACUGCCAGAUGCCUGGACAGCCAUGUGAAUGCACUGCAGAUGGUGCUGAAUGAUUCUGCUCAGAUGAGACGGACUCUUCAGGGUUUUGGCAGUGUGCUAACAGAGAUGGGAAGUGUGUUUGAUGUCAGUGCAUUGGAGGAGCAGCUCUCAAACGCUGAUCGACAUGUGGCAGACAUGCAACACAGCCUACUGGAACCCCUUUCUCAGCUUGAGCAUGCAGCUGCAGAAGUGGAUGCCAUUGAGUCAGAGGUGAAAGUCAUGGAGAAAGAUGUGGCCAAAAUCAAAUCUACCCUUACCAGCACAGAGGACAUCAGCCAGGACAAACUCAAGGCUACAGAGGACAGGAUUGACCUGAUGAAAAGAACUGUAGCUGAAAUCCAGAACUGUAUGGAGGGUCUGUGUCUUCCUGACAAAGCUGAAAACACACUCCUGGUGUUCAAAAGAGCUGAACUUCUACAGAAACAACUGCUAGAACUAGAACAGUUGGCUCUAGAAUACUCAGCUGAGGUGCAGGCUACAUCUGCCAUGUCCAUUAUUGCCCCGACCAUCAGUGCCACACCCCUCUCUAUUCCACCCACAAUCACUGAAGAAGAAGCACAGGAGAGUGGUCAGAUUCAGAUUGUGCAUGUAGAGGAUGAUGUGUUGAAGAAAUCAGGAGCGACGCUGAUGACAGUGGAGCAGUCCACACCUGAGCAGAGACUCUGGAUCACUGAGAAGAGCACCCCCACAGAACAACAGCAGGAGUCUGAUGAAGAGGAGGAGCUCUAUGAGGAUGUAGGAGACGGGGAGGAAGAUGAAGACAAUGACAAAUAUGAAGAUCAAAUAGAAAAUGAGGAUGAGGAGGCAAGAGAAAGCUCACACAUCUCACUGAACUCUGAGACUUCCACCAGCGUGGUCAUGGAGGUAAUGGAGAAAACAGAUUCAAAGGUGAAUGUGGACACAUCUGUUGCCUCAGAAACAGAUGUGUCAGAAGCUUUAUCUGAAGCAGAUACCACAGUGGAAAGCCAGUUUCUCCCUGCAGACAUGAAACAGUGUGCAUGGAGGGGGGAACAGACGUCACACACCAGUGACACACUCACACACACCCUCACAGAAUACAUAAACAAACAUUCAAAGUCUCAAGCCCCACCCAUAGAGGCAGAAGACAUUUUGACACCUGACAAAGGGAAGGCAGUCAGCCAGAGUAGGUGUGCUAUCUCUCUCUCUCUCUCUCUCUCUCUCUCUCUUCUGUCUUUACCUUUACCCAUCUGUCUCCAUUACACGCCCUUCCCCUGCCUCGUAAUACUUGAUAUCAUUCUCUCUCUUUUUGUUCCUCUGGCUGUCUGUGGGUCUGUUAAACUGCUGUUGUGUAUGACCGUCCAGGCCGCAGGUGAAACCAGGGACUCGGGUGGAUGGUUGUCCAAUGACAGGUUGCUCCAUGCCUGCUUUGAGAGGGCAGAGCACCUGGAGGUGUGUCUGGAGAGAGCACAGGUCAGCCUGGAAGGGUUGAGACAGCCAGCGCAGGACGCAGCCAUGCAGCACAGCAUUGAACAACAACUUCAGACCUGCCAGGUGACUCUCGUGGAGAUUGAGCAAAAGAUCUCCUGUCUUCCUGUGUGUGAAUUGAAAGAACAGGAGCAACAUGAGGCUGAUUCGCUUAAUACGAGACUCCAGUUGUUGAAGAACUGACUAGUGACUGUACAAUUACAGCUGCAAGAGAAACACACCAAAGAUCAUGUGCAUGUUGAGCAAGAGCACCCCCUGCAUGCCAGGUUAAAGCGUAGUGUGCAGGAGAUGCUGAGUUCAUCCAGAGGCAAACUGUUCAGACAAAGCAGUCUGCAACAACAGAGAGAAUUGGAGCAUGGUUUGAAUGAACAGAGGGAUUUAACUAAAGCCAUUGCAAUUCAAGGCAGCAGAGCCCGAGCACACAGCCAGAGCAUAGAGAAACAGACAUGCCCCUCGGCAGCAGAAAAUAAUGAUGACAAGAGACAGGAAUUAGAGUUAGCGGUCCACAGGAAGUGGACACACCUUCGAAGCAGACUGACCAAGACAGCAGAGUCAGACCAGGAUGGAGACAAAGAUAAUGAUUCAUCUGAGAUUCUCGCUCCAUCUGUAUGUUUGUGGAGUGGAUCUGCUGUUUCUUUCUGUCUGCAGGAGAUUCAAUCAAACAUCACACAGGUCAAAGAACUGGAACACUCAGCAGUUACGCAGCAUGAUCAUCAGUAUCUGGAUGAAGGUCUGUUUGAGAUGCUGAGUGGGGUGGAUCUCACUCUCAGCUCUGUCACACACACACUCCUGUUUCAGCCAGCAACCUCACACAUGGACAUACAAAACCAGCUGCAGCAGCUACAGAGUCUAUCUGCAGAGUUUACGUCUUUGGGUGCCAUGUUGACCAUCCAGGGGUCAGAGGUCAUAAAGUUGUUAGGUUCGGGUUCAUUGGUAUCAGAGACCUCUGUUUGCCUGGAUCUGAUGAUGCAGCGUGUGUGUGACGUUCAGAAGACUCUCACUGAGAAACAGGAGCAGCUACAGGACCGAAUAAAGCACACAACUCAGCUGCAGAGAAGAGUGAAAGACCUGCAUGACUCGGUACUAACUAACACGUCACCCCUUUACCGAACAACUAAUGGAAAAACCCAUCAUGACCUUCACACACAGCUACAGGCUGUUACGAGGCGGAAACAGGAAGUGGAGCAGAGCGAGAGAGAGCUGGCAGAACUCAGAAAGGAGACUGAGAGUAAGAGUCAACCCUCAUCCCUCACACAGGAGAUCAGCACUCUGGAGGCAGUAUUGGACAGUGUGUGGAGUGAUUUAGAGCAGCGCUUUGGAGCUGUGCAGUGGAGUUUAGAUCAGCAGCAGAUGAGUGAGAGGAUACUGAAGGGUCUACAGAUACUGCUGGAUCUGGGCAGAGAGAAACUCACCUGCACCUCUCAGCUGGAGCUCAACAAUCCAGCACAACUACAGACACAGCUCAACACACACAAGAAGUUUUUCCUGUCUUUGGGCACCCACCUGCGGAGACUGCAGCAACUGAGUGUGCGGAUGCCAGACAGCAACCCCUCUGGCUGGGAGUCUGCAGUGUCUGAGCUGGAAUGUAAAGCGUCCAGUGUACAGCAGCAGGCUCAGGUUGUAGGGACAGUACUGCAAUCAGCCCUGCAGGUUUUAACUGAAUGGGAAGAAAACCAUUUGUGGUUACAAACUCUGCUGCAGAGGCUAGAAGGUCAACUUCCCUUAAUGCUUCUGUGGGACCAAUCCGAGGCACAGCUCAGCGAGAAUAUUUCUGUCUAUCAGAGUUUGCAGAGAGUUCUGGAGGAGAACAGAGCUCGGAUCAGUCUGGUUCUGGAUGAGGGCCGCAGACAGCAGGAGCAGAUUUCUAUUAGUGAAGUAGACAUCCCUAUAUGUAUAGUGGGCAUGUCUACACCAAAGCUGGAGGAGAGAUUGGCUGCACUUCAGAGAAAGGUGGAGCAGGGACUUGACUCCACCCAACGACUGAAGAAACUUUGGAUCAGGUACCGAAGUGAUUCUGUGGCUCUGACUGAGUGGAUGGGCGGAGCCAAAGAAUGCCUGCUUACCUGGAGAGAUCACAUGAUCUCAGCUGAACAGGAAACAGACCACGUCCUCUCCCAAUUCCAGCACUUCACAGAGUUUAUUAAGGAGCUAGAGGUGAAAUCUGCCCUAAAGGCAUCAGUGAUCAGUUCUGGAUCUUUGAUCAUGUUGCUCAGUGAGAGAGAGCAGAACAAUGAGAUGCAGAACAUCAGCAGAACCAUAACUGCUCUAAGAACAUCCACAACAUCCUCUGAAAACCUACCACCAAGUGAAACCAGCAACCUCACCUCUGUUGUCCUAGAAAACAACUACGAAGACUCCUCACCUUUAGAUGUCAUUUUUCCAACAUCUGCUGAGGAUACUUUAGAAACCGAUUUGUCCCCUUUUCAAAACACUUCUUCAGAGGAAUCUCAUUACACUACCACUGAGAAACAAGCCUCAUCAGUUCUGGGUUUGUCUGUAAAGCAGGAAAUGGUUCUGUCUCUCCAGUCCCAGUUAUCUCAGGUGGAGCAGGUCUGGAUGGAGAUACAGACACACAAAUCUGCCAUCCAACAGAAACUGCAUCAGAGUAUGGUGGAGAGGCUGUCUCCUGAAGAACUGCUGGCUGAUGUGUGUGACUGGAUUACAGGUGCUGAGAGAAAGUUACAGGCAGCUGAGCAAGAGGGUCACAACACUUGUUCUGCCACAGAGCUCACACACCUGCUCAAAAGAUAUCAGGAGCUUAAGAGAGAGACGGGCUGUCAGCAGAUGUCAGUUGAGUUUAUUAAUCAGUGUGAAUUGAAGCAGGUUGGGGUUGACUACCACACCAACAGGUACAGACACAUAACAUUUGCUGAACAUUUGGGACAUGUCAAUCUGCGCUGGCUCACUCUGCAGGCCCAACUUAACACACAGAUUCAACAGACUGAAGAACUGUUGAGGAUGUGUGCAGAACGAGAAAACAAACUGCAGUUCCUGCAGCACUGGGUUAGAGGUCAAAAACGAUGGAUGCGACUGGCUAAAAAGCCUGCUAGUCGCUUAUUUGCUGAAAGGAGCCUGAAGGACUGUGAAGAGCUAGGGGAGAAGUUGAAGGCCAAAUUCUCAGAACUUGCUGAGCUGAGGAAAAGGAAACUUUCUCCUGAUGAAGAAGACAAGGAUGAAGACUUCUCCACAAAAGCUGACAAUACCUCUCAAUCUUUAACUGAGCUUUCACAACAGAAUUCAGCCCUUGGGAAUACUCUGCAGCAGCUGUGUAAUGUGUGGUCUAAGUUUGAAAGUGGGAGGAGUCAGGCAAUUCUGAACACAAUGAAGAUCCGCCAAUCACUAGAGUACUUCCACUCCCCUCUGUGGUCCCUCUCUGCCCUCCAGACCAACAUUGAUAAGCUACAGGUCUUUAAAGCCGAGGCAGACAAGAUUGACAGGCAAUGGGAGGAUCUUAGCGAAACAUUGUCAGUCCUUACUGGUGGCAUUAGCACAGACUCUGCCCAGAUAUUAUCUAAACACCUAGAAAAAGAGAAAGCAAGGUGGAUAGAAGUGAAGGAAAAUGUCACACAGGGCUUGCAGAGGUCACACAGUGUUCUGCAGGUGUGGCAGAGAUUCUCUGAUUUGAGACACACCUGCUCAGAGCAGCUUCAGCAUCACAGAAACCAGCUCGUCACACACACCAAAACACCAGCGGACCACAAACAACUCACACACAGCAUUGAGGAGCUAAAGACAGUUUUACAGAAAAGCUCUGAUAAUCAACAGACUGUACUGGAUGAAAUGCUUGCAGCAUCUAAAGAUCUGAUCGAACAGAUGGAGGAUGAAAAUGCUGUUUUCAUUAGAUCAGAGUGCCGUUUGUUAACACGCAGUUUCCUGCAGUUAGACCAGACAUUGAGAGGAAGAAUUCAACACAUGCAGGAGGAUCUCGAGCAGUAUAAGGAGUUUGAAAAGUUAUUUCAGACCCUUGAAACACAAUUACAGCUGUGGGAAAGCAAGCAAAGAAUGGACAGCAAGCACACAGACACAUCUGAGUCUGGUCUGAUGGAGGUCAGUUCCCUCUCUCCUGAUCUGGAUCUGCUAAACACAAUCAGUUACACACUGACCCUCAGUGACCCCAUGACACAGAGGCUGCAGAACCUCAACAGGAUGUGGGCACAGGCCUCUGCACCUGCUCAGGAGAGAUGCAGUGAGUUGCUGCGGGCCUCUCUCCAGCAGCAGAGCUUUGAGCAGAGAUGUGAGAGCUGGCUGGCUUUCCUACAGCGCAUGGAGGAUGGUUUGGCUGUAGAAAUCUCAUCAACUUACACUGGACUAAGAGAACAACAGUGCACACACCAGUUUUUUCAGGCAGAGUUGUCUUUAGGCCAUCAGAUCCUUCGUUCUGUGAUCAGUGAAUCUCUGCUCAUAAUGCAGAAGGGAGAGGUGGAUGACAGAAGUGACUUCCUGUUAAAAUUGGUGCAGCUGAGAGAGCACUGGCAGCAGGCAGUGCAGAAAGCAGCUCAACGGCGCGCUCUAGUGGAAGGGCUCAUACAUCACUGGCACCUUUACACACACACACUGCAGAAACUCCGCAAACUUCUCACACUCACGCACACCCUUCUGUCACCCGCUGGUCCCACACACUGCAGUGUCCUGCAACUUCGCCUUUCACUGAAAGAUCUGAAGCGUACGGAACUGUUGUUUCAAAGGUUAGUGUCUGCAUAUUUGUGCGUGAUGGAGGUAGGCAGGCAGCUGUUCUCCGUGAGUGACACGCAGACGCAAACACAGUUGCAGACAGACCUGGCAGCCCUGCAAGAGGACUGGGAGCAAUGCCAGUGCAUGAUGGGAAAGAGGAAGGCUCUCACAGCUGACAUUAUCAAGAAGUGGGAGACUUGUGAGACCAGACUAACCGAUCAGGCCCAGCGCCUGGAGGAGCUGCAAAUCAGACUGAAGCAGUCGAUACCAGAUCAACAUGAGGAGAUGGAGGAGGAAUGCCUUCUCGUGAAGGAGGUUCAGGACUGUUUGGAGGACUGGGCAGUCAGUUUGUCUGAGCUCAGCACCAUGAAGACGGAUCUGUCCCAGUACAUCCUCACCGAUGAUGUCCUCCUCCUGCAGGAGCAAGUGGACCAUCUGCACUGCCAGUGGGAAGAACUCUGCCUCAAAGUGUCUUUGCGUAAACAGGAGAUUGCUGACCGGCUGAACGCCUGGAUAAUUUUCAAUGAGAAGAACCGUGAGCUGUGUGAAUGGCUGACACAGAUGGAAAACAAGGUGGCGCACAGCGCCGAGCUCAGCAUUGAGGAGAUGGUGGAGAAACUCAAGAAGGACUGCAUGGAGGAGAUCAACCUCUUCAGUGAGAACAAAACACAUCUGAAACAGCUGGGAGAACAGCUCAUCACUGCCAGCAACAAGACCAAAGAGACAGAAAUAAACGAAAAGAUCAAGGACAUCAAUGACCGCUGGCAGCAUCUAUUCGAUCACAUUGAAGCCAGGGUGAGGAAGCUGAAGGAGACGUUGGUGACUGUACAACAGCUAGAUAAGAACAUGAGUAAUCUCCGCACAUGGCUCUCCCGUGUUGAGGGUGAGCUAGCCAAACCCAUCACCUACAGCAUCUGCCACAGUGAGGAAAUACAGCGUAAACUAGCAGAGCAUCAGGACCUGCAAAGGGACAUUGAACAGCACACAGAGGGCGUGGCAUCUGUCCUGACCCUGUGCGAUGUUUUGCUGCAUGAUGCGGAUGCUUGCGGCAGUGAUGGAGAGAACGACUCCAUUCAGCAGACCACACUCAGUCUGGACCGCCGCUGGAGGAACAUAUGUGCCAUGUCCAUGGAGAGGAGAAUGAGGAUUGAGGAGACAAGGCGUCUGUGGUGCAAGUUCCUGGACGACUAUGCACGCUUUGAGGAGUGGCUUAGUGCAGCAGAACGCACAGCAGCUAAUCCUGCCACCAAAGACGUGCUCUACACCUGUGCUAAAGAGGAACUUAAAAAGUUUGAGGCAUUCCAGCGUCAGGUCCAUGAGCGUCUGACACAACUGGAGCUGGUGAAUAAACAAUAUCGCCGUUUGGCACGAGAGAACCGAACUGACGGUGCCAGUAAGCUGAAGUUGAUGGUACACGAGGGAAACCAGCGCUGGGAUACGCUUCAGAAGAGAGUGGCCGCUGUGCUCCGCAGGUUAAAGCACUUUACAUCCCAGCGUGAGGACUUUGAGGGGACGAGGGAGGGGAUUCUGGUGUGGCUGACCGAGAUGGACCUUCAACUCACCAAUGUAGAGCAUUUUUCAGAGAGUGAUAUCCAUGAGAAGAUGCGUCAACUCAGCGCAUUUCAGCAGGAGAUCACUCUAAACACAAAUAAGAUUGAUGCUCUGAUCGUGUUUGGAGAGAACCUGAUCCAGAAGAGUGCUCCACUGGAUGCUGUACUCAUAGAAGAUGAACUAGAGGAGCUGCACUCAUACUGCCAGGAAGUGUUUGGCAGGGUCGCCCGAUUCCACCAUCGCCUCAUCAGCAGACGCCCGGUACUGGAGGAGGACAGGGAUUUCUCAGACAGAGACACAGAUCCGGAGGACUCGGCUGAGUUCAGUGGGGUGUGGGAGAGGGAAAGAGAGGAAGAGGAGGCUGCUAUGAGCUCUGAUGUUUCUCUGACGGUAGGACAGGCUGUGUGCCACCUGUUAUCACCCGCUCUGGAGCGCUCUGGGCGUGAGACGCCCGUCAGUGUGGAUUCCAUCCCUCUGGAGUGGGAUCACACAGUCGAUGUGGGGGGAUCUUCAUCUCCAGAGGAUAAUGAGGAGUUGACAUACUACAGCGCACUGUCAGAUGUAGAGGUCACUGAGAGCUCUGAGUCAUUUGUUAAAGCUACAGCUAAAGCUCUGACGACCGUGGUGAGAUCAGUGGUGGAGACGUGGCAUUCUCCUGAUGUGCCAGACAGGAAACGAGUUAACAGAGAGAUCAUAUGCAGUCUCACUUCUUCACCCACUGACACCAGCACACCGUACCACCCACAGGCCUAUGAUAAGCUCAUGUCUGAGUGUGCUGGCAGUAUAGACAGUAUAAAGCGAGUGAAACUGAUUCUGAAUGAGGAAGAACAACUGGAGGAUCAUGGACUGACGGCCCUCUCGUCAGCAGAUAAGACAGGUGUGAUCGAGCGAUGGGAGCUCCUGCAGGUGCAGUCGUGCAGCAUGCCGCAGGAUAUUCAGCAAUGGCACAAACUGAACUCUGACCUCUGUGAUGUCAUGCCAUGGCUCAACGGUGUGCUGCCCGAGCUGGAGAAACUACAAAUGCUGGAGCCAAAAACCACCAUCAGAGACAUGGAGAGCAAUAUUCACAAACUAAAGGAAAUGCAGAGAACUUUUAAUGGCUACAAAUCUGUGAUGAUUGGUGUUAAUCUAAGUGGACGGGGCUUCCAGGACGGAGACAGCACUGAACUACGGGAAUUACGUAAGAAUCUGCAGUCAGCCAAUCAGAAAUGGGCACAGGCCUGUGUGGCCCUGUACAGCUGGAAGCACCGACUGCACCAAGCCCUCAUGGAGUGUCAGGAGUUCCAUGAGACUCUUCACUCUUUACUGCUGUGGUUAGCUAAAGCAGAGAGCCAGCGUUACAUGGUCAACAUCCAUGACCAAAACACAGACCUCAACAUCCUGCAAGAGCAUCGAGUCACACUCAAGGCUGUUCAGCAGGACUUGCAGUCUCGUGAGAAGGAGGUGUACUUGCUGCAGGAGAUCUCCUCCCAUAUCCUACUACAGGACCAGGUAGAAGACACCCUGGAGGCCAAAGAGAAGGUUCACGUCAUCUGCAAUAAGUUACGGCUGUUAAUCAGACAGAUCGCACAUGACAUUCACACACUGCAGACCAGACUGGACUCAUCAGGUCCUGAUGUAGGCGGGAGAGUGUCAACGCAGCACAAGGAAAGCACAGGAAUUCAGGCUGUUUCACGGGGAGCUUCCACAAGUGUCAGGGUUGCCAAGGCUGAUUCGUCCCGAGCGAGGCCCUUCCUUUAUCGUGUCUUGCGAGCUGCUUUGCCCCUUCAUGUCCUCUUCCUGUUGUUGCUGGUUCUGACAUGCCUGCUGCCUCUCUCAGAAGACGACUACAGCUGCACUCUCGCCAACAACUUCGCCCGAUCCUUUUACCCCAUGCUCCUCUACACCAACGGACCCCCACCAACAUGAGAACGGAGACUUAUUAACCCCUUGUUAACACUCUGCUCCAGUAAAAUUAGAAAGAGGAAAUAGGAUGUAUUAAGUCCACCUUUCCCAGUUAACUAUCCUGUAGCAGAUCCUUUAGCUCUGUUUGAUGUGAGAGACAAAACUCUUACAUUUGGACAUCAUUAUUCAGUAGUUUUUAUUACAACAAUCAGAGCAUGCAAUUGUUCAGCUGACAUAUAGUAACUUUACAUUUCUGGUUCUAAGGUCUGUUGCUCAACGGAGAGGGAUUGUUCUGAAACCUUCCCAUGUGAAAGAUUAUAUUUGAAUUCUUAGAGAACUUUUCGGGGGAAAAAAAGUACAGGCUAAGUGCUUCAUCACAGGUGCACUCAAAACAGUUUUAACUGUAUUAUGUAGCAAAAUAGAACUGUCUACUCUGGGAGUCAUGGAAACACUGAAAUUCUCCUUCACACAAAAAUAAAUGUAUUUAUUUUUUAAAUGUAAAUCACAGAAUAAUUUAAGCUAUAGCUCACUCGAGACUGUAUAUUUAAAUAGAAACCCUGUUGAUGCGUCUGAGUGAACAAGACUCGCCUGAAAAUCAGGUAAUAUGUUCAUGAACGAGUUGUAUAGUUUCUGGGAAUCAAAGUCAAUGUGCAAUGACUUGCAAUGAUGAAAAUAUUUUAUUUGUAGCUCUUUUAACUGCUCUUUCCUUGGUCAAAGCCAUGGAUAGAAAUGGAGAGAGAGAGAAAGAGAGGUGUCAGGGUGUGUGAAAAUGUAAGUCUUUUAAAUUUUAGUCCUUUUAUGUUUUAAUUUAUUCAGCCAAGUUUGAUGGCUGUGUUUUGUUUUUUUGUGUGUGCGUAUGUGAAUAAUGUAAAACUACUUAAGUUGUUAAAUUAUCUCAACAGAUAUAUGACACUGAUUUAUCUGGUUAUGUUUUUAUGGCUUUGUAGCCCAUUGCUAGAAUUCUUUUGGCGGUAGACUGGUCCCCAGACAUUUUUUUUUCUUUUGGUUUUUUCGAUCAGUUGGAUGUUUAAGGUGACAUAAACAAAGCCAUUUCAAAAGGAUCCACACAAAUGUUUUUUUUAUUUUUAUUUUUUUUAUGCACAUUGCAGAAAAGAUGUGUACUGAUAUUUAAUAUUGCUGUUCUGAAAACCCAUGCAGUGAAAUCCAGUUAUUAUGGUAAUAAUUUUUUGAAAAGCCAACAAGUUUCACUUUCACUCUUACUGCCAAAGUGUCAGAUAAUUUGUUUUGUUCUUAAUGGUUAUCUAAAGGAUGCUGUUUGUCCUCUUGAUGCAGUUUUAAUUUAAAUAAUUGUUGUAGUGUGGAUUACAUAAUGGGUCAACUGAAAAAGGCCAUGAUAUAAAUAGCCAUUAAUCACAGAGAAACAAUAAAGUAAAUUUUAUUACAAACGUAUUUUUAUGCAAACCUUGCACUGCCAAUGUGAGCCACAGGAUGAAGAGAAUAUUGAAUCUCUAAUUUCUCUCCAACAUAUUCAUUUCAUUUUUCAGCUGUGUACAGUUUUGCCUGAAAAUGUUUUUAGAAGGUCUACAGGGGCCCCUGGUCUGACAUUCAAUGAGGACCCGACAUCACACAGCCUGCAGCUCCUCAUUUACUUAGCACUUUGAAAGAGAGGAACAAAUGAGUCUGACACACUUAACUCAUCAUUGGCAUUCACUUGUCAGCUCAAGUUCAUGCUGUCAUUUAAGCAAAAGGUGGACAAACCAAACACUCAACUUUUCACUACAAUUGUUAUAAUAUUUGAAAUUUUAACAUAACCUUAAUUUAGCCCUGAUCCUUAUCUAACCCUAACCAAUACCUAACCCUAACCCUAUGCGAUGACUAACUCUAAACUAUAUAAAACCUUAACUAAUGAUAAAAAAAGACUCUGAGUCAAAAUGAAAAAUUGCUAAAAAAAUUUCUGAAUCACAGAAACAUUUAACCUAUUGCUCACUAAUAGACUUUGAGGUCAGUACAUUUUUACCAAUAAAAAUUAUGUUAGUUUUGUGCCUGCUAUGUCAAUUCUGUGUAUCAUCAGUAAAUCCAAUGAUUUGUGUCAUAUUAUCCAUCAUAAUUUUCUCCCAUUUAAUGCAGUCAACAUUUCCAGGACACUUUUUUCAUCUUAAGUUGCAGCUGAUGAAGUGAUUACACGGGGCAUUUCCUAGAAAACUUGUGCCACUAGUUAUUUUCUUACAAACUAAUCAUGAUGCAUCUGGAAUUACACAUUCCAAAAGUUAUGUUUCCGGAAUAAAAUAAAAAUGUUGUGCUGAAUAUGCGUGUAAGCCAGGCUUUACGUGAACCACUGAAAGAGACAAAUAUUUUCACAACUCACAGAUGAUUUUAACACAGUCUCACGUUUACUGUCAAAAACAAGGACUUUAUAAACCACAAAAGAUUUACAAUCAAGGAGCACCACAGGACAGCAAAUACAACCAACAUCUUAUAUAUAGACAGACAAUGUGCAGAUAAUGCAUAAACUAUUAUGUGCGCACGGUUUCCAUUUAGCUAGUUGUUUGGCCAGUCUUCAGAGAAAGAGAGGAACAAAUGAGUCAGCAUUUUUUCUGAGAUCUUUGAUACACUAAACUCAACCUCAUCAUCACUAGCAGUCAUUCGCCAUUGCUUAAC